AGCGCGAGUGAAUUGAUGAUCGGUUAAACGCGGCGUGGCGGACCGUCGUCGCGUCGUCGUGGCGAGAUGAGCGAAAACGAUUCCCCUCAAAGUGGGAGGUUUCCCCACUAUUCUCGCAUCCGGAAAAAGACGGGCUCGCGGAAGAGAGCCUGAGCAGAGAGAUGAUAGUUUCGAGCAGCCGCGGUCGCAGCCGCAGGUCCGUUUUGCCUUCUCGCGGAAGGAAUCGCACGAACCGAUUCCACGGGGACGCGCUUCUGGUCCAGGAGGAGCGGGAACGAUGCGUCGUCCGCCGGGAAUCGCGCAGUGGACGUCGUCCCUGAUCCUGCUGCUCGCGACGGUCCACGCAACUUCGGCGAGGCAACCGCACAUUGUCUUCAUUCUAGCGGACGAUUUGGGAUGGAACGACGUCGGCUUUCACGGUUCCGGUCAAAUCCCAACGCCGAAUAUCGAUGCGCUGGCUUACUCCGGGCUGCUUCUCGAUAGAUAUUAUGUCACACCGAUCUGCACGCCGUCCCGAAGCGCCCUGAUGACCGGCAAAUAUCCCAUUCACACUGGAAUGCAGCAUGGCGUUCUCAAAGGUGCGGAGCCGAGAGGGUUGCCACUUCACGAGAAACUUUUGCCGGAGCAUCUGCGUGAGCUUGGAUACAGCACGCACAUCGUCGGCAAAUGGCACUUAGGAUUUUACAAAAAGGAAUAUACCCCGACUUACAGGGGAUUCGACACCCACACUGGCUUCUGGACGGGCCAUCACGACUACUUCGAUCACACGGCCGUUGAAAACCCUUAUUGGGGCUUGGACAUGAGACGGGGCAUGGAGCCAGCGUGGGACCUGCACGGUCAAUAUUCCACGGACAUUUUUACGAAGGAGGCGGUGAGACUGAUCGACAGACACAACUCUAGCCGGCCGAUGUUCCUAUACCUGGCCCACGCAGCUGUGCACUCCGGAAAUCCUUAUAAUCCGCUUCCGGCGCCGGACGAGGAAGUCGCCAAGUUCACCAAUAUCUUCGAUUACAAUCGAAAACGCUUUGCAGGUAUGCUGAGUAAACUAGAUCAAUCGGUGGGCAAAGUAGUUGAGGCUCUGCAUAGGAGAGACAUGCUGCGAGAUACUAUAAUCAUCUUCUCAUCGGACAACGGUGGGCCUGCCGCUGGAUUUAAUUUGAACGCGGCGUCUAAUUGGCCACUGAGAGGAGUUAAAAAUACUGUUUGGGAAGGCGGCGUCAGAGGUGCGGGAUUAGUAUGGUCACCCAGACUUGUGCGACGUGGCCGCGUAAGCAGGCAAAUGUUGCAUAUUACCGAUUGGCUGCCGACGCUUAUAACAGCUGCCGGCGGCGAUCCGUCGAACUUAACUAUCGAUGGCAUGGAUAUGUGGAAUGCACUUAGCGAAGAUACUGAGUCACCGCGCGCCAACAUUCUUCAUAAUAUCGACGAUAUUUAUGGCGUGUCCGCGAUCACGGUCGGCGACUGGAAGCUCGUUCAAGGAACGACUUACGGAGGCGCAUGGGAUGGAUGGUACGGUCCAUCCGGUAGGGAAUGGGUCUACGACGAGGACGGCGUGAUCAGUAGUCCAACGGCACAUGCCGUCGCCAGCGUGGGAUUGGGCAUCACCACGGAAGUUAUUCGGAUGCUGCGCGAAAACGCGAUGAUCAAGUGUCCGCCGCGGAAUGACAGUCUGCCCCUCUGCAAACCGCUGGAGGAAGUGUGCCUCUUCAAUGUCUAUCAGGAUCCUUGUGAAGACAACAAUCUUGUUAAACAGUUUCCCACGAUCGUUAGGAAACUGCAGGAUGAGCUGAAGAAGUUCAACAGCAGCGCGAUUCUGCCUGGAAAUCUUCCGUGGGAUAGUAAGGGCGAUCCGAAUCUGUGGGAUCAUACUUGGAAUAAUUUUGGAGAUUAUGUUAAUGUUAUGGUGAACGGAGCAAGCUGUAGUCGAUUCCUAGUAACUUGAUUAUAGUCCUGAAGAAGAUGAAAUCUUUCUUUCUCUUUCACGAUUUCUU